AACAUAAAACCCCCGAUCUACAACACAAUUUUCAUUCGUGCUAAGCGCAGAUCUAUCAGCAAGUCUUUGGAGGAAGACUUGCUGAUCAGCCCCGAAUUCAGCCUUGGUUCUUUGACAGUGCACAAUCGGCGACACACCUGACACACGGGAGCAAGAAGCAGCAAACAUGAUGAUGGCGAUUCGACCCAGCGUGCUGGUUGUCUUGCUGUUGCUUGGGGUCCUGUCGACUAAGCGAGUGGGGGCUCAAAUAUCUGCUCCUGCGCCCGCUUUUCCUCCACCGGCAGCUGUUCUACCUCCCCCUCCGGCUCUUCUGACUCCACCUGCCUUACCAUCACCGCCCAAGCCCAGCGCACCCCUUCCCGCCCCGAGGCUAGCACCCAAACCAUCGCCUAAGCGGGCCCCUCGUCCACCCCCUCCUGCCAAAGGUCCAGCCACAUCACAGGGCCUGAACUCAGUAUCGAAUACUGCAUCGACGAUGUAUGCCUUGACGUCGUCAAGUCUGGUAUUAUUCUCAGCCUUUCUGUUCUUAGUGGCAUGAGGAGCGCGCAGCACAACCAAUCAUUGUGAAGAAGGAACAUCAUUGUCACUUUUAGCUUCCGAGGUAGCUGAACAUAGGGAUAGAGAUUGUAAAGACAGAGCCAAUUUUUCUGGUGAUCUGCUGAUCUCUGGUGAGUGCAUGUGUCUGCGGAAGGUCCCUCUUCUCUGAAAUGUGCCGUAUUUACGACCAACCUCAAUAGCGAGAAAACUAGGUGUUUUUAAACUGUAUACAUAGGAAGUCUGCUGUGACGGACAGGAAUCAGAAUUAAACGCUGAUACGCUGUUCUGCAAGCUGGAUCGUCUUAUGUAGACUCGAGGUAGUGCUUGGAUCGUGCUGUGAUCAGCUCUCAAGCGCCGUAUAGUUCAUUUGUGAGUGGUAGCCAUCGGGUUAAUAUCUGGUAUCUUCAAGUCAGUUCUUCAAGUGGUGCAUUUUAAUCAAUUAUAGUCCAAUUGCGUUAUUGCUCUUAUUUUCAGUCCAGACCCAAGAAAACGUUCCAAGCUCUCAUAGUGACAGUCACAAUAAGACAAUUUGGGACUUAAAAGUGGCAUACAAUGUCUGGGACCUGAUUGUAACUCUUCUAUUCUGCUAAUGACUUUGAGUACGUUGGUCC